AUGUCUGCCUCGAGUAGCAUACAAUCAAGUCUCGCCGGGUCUUCAUCGACGCAGCAACAGCCACCUGUCGUCACACCUCCUCUUGCCGGCCCUCUCAGCUCCAGCGAUCAGAGAACCAGUCUUCUCGUCCUCAAUCUCCCCUUCAAGGUACGAUGGCAAGAUGUCAAGGACCUCUUCCGUCGCUCGGCCGGCACUGUCCUUCGCGCUGACGUCUCUCUCACACCUGACGGGCGCUCCCGAGGCUUUGGCUCAGUCUUAAUGAGAGACGGCGAGGAUGCGCAGAGAGCCAAAGAGUGCUUCGACGGCUUCGAGUGGAUGGGCAGAAAGCUCGAAGUGCACAUUGAGAGGGGCGGCGGCGGCGGUUGGGGCUUUGCUCCUGAUGGCAGCCCCCUCUAUCCCACGCUGGACUCUUCCUCCACGUACGGCGUGGCUGGCAGUCAGUCACAAGCAGGACUACCCUACGGUGGCAUGCCUGACGGGAGCUACUAUGGGCGUACACUCUUCGUCGGGAACCUCAGCUACGCGACGCAGUGGCAAGACCUCAAGGACCUCUUCCGAGCAGCAGGCAAUAUCCUUCGGGCUGACAUCGCCCUUGGCUCAGAAGGACGCUCGCGCGGGUUCGGAACUGCUCUCUUUGGCAGCAAGGAGGAGGCAGCCAGGGCAGUGCGAAUGUUUCAUGGC